AUUUUCAGAGCCGACGCUAAGGAAAACCAACACUUAUUACAAUCCGGUAAAUUAUAAACUGAUAUUACUCAGUUUUUGUUCUUGCUUUGAAAUUUAUAUCAUGAGAUGUCAUUUUAAACGUUUACUAAUAGUGAUAUAACGUCGGUAUGAUUUUCGGUAUAUUUAAUUUGGUCGUUCUAUAUAUAAUAACAGUAUGUCAAGGCUACAUCCAUCUCGCCUCCAUGAAGAUUUACCGACACGAUACAAACAAAACUAAUUCUUUGUUUGGCUACAGCCUAGCUUACCAAUCAGGGUUUCGAAGAUUGAUUAUCUCGUCACCGCUUGAAAACGAGAAUGGACAAGUUUUUACAAUGUCCUUGAAUUCUUCAAAAAUUGAAACUGUUUCCCUGGACCCAAAACUUCUACCACGAACGCCAACUAUCAAACAUAACUUCUGGCUCGGUGCUACAGUGAAGGCUAAUUCAAAUUUCUUUGUUACAUGCGCCCCACGAUACGCAGAACUGAAGACAAUCCGAAAGCCAAUUCGUACACAAUACCCAGCAACACUAGGGCUCUGUGUCUUAUUUGAAUAUACGGAUUCGGAUACAUAUAUAUCUAGAAGACUCGCACACAUGAGUAGUGAAGACCGAUCCAUAAGAGCAAAAACAUUUGGAGAAAAUCUUGACUCCAUGGGUUGGAGUAUAGACCUAGCAAACUCUGGUCAAGUCCUAAUAGGAUCACCAGCGAUGUUGACAGGUCGUGUGGUGUUAUAUGAAGAUCCUUACAGCAAAGACUUCCCUAAACUCAUAUAUAAAAUGAACCAAGAAAACAUAGCCCGUCAUAAUUACGGUUACAGCUUAGCUAUAGGAGAGUUUUUUGAUCAGAGCACAGUCUACGCAAUCAGUGCUACGUUUGGAUUUGGAAAGGUUUAUUUUUUUGACUCGAAGCUUCAAAAUAUAGGUAUUAUAAAAGAUAUAGAAAUUGGUUCGAUUUUCGGCGCAGCUCUAUGUCCAGCCCAUCUAGGAACGAAAGCCUUGUUGGUAGGAGCUCCAGCGUAUUUCGACAAAACUUACAAUUACGAUGUGGGAGCCGUCUACGUUUAUUUGGAUCAAACAGAAGAAGGUUCGAAGAAAAUGCUCCUAAAACGAAAAAUCAAAGGUUUAUCUAGUGGAAGCUACUUUGGUCACGCUAUCGCUAGUCUUGGUGAUAUAGAUGGAGAUAAUAAAGAUGAGAUUGUCGUAGCAGCACCCUUUGAAGACGGAAUCGGUGCAGUGUAUUUCUUCUCUGGGUCUGGUGUUCUGGAUGGAUUAUCUCAACCGAGAAAAAUUCAACCCAAGGGUUUCCAAUCCUUUGGAUUCAGCCUAACAAUAUUGGAAGACUUGGAUGGGAACGGUUGUAAAGAACUAGCUGUAGGAUCUCCCAAAGAUAACAAAGUGGUUAUUUUCAAAACUAUCGCUUUUAUUAAAGUAAUACUGAAAGCAGACUUAAAUCAAGAGAGCGACAAAGAAUUUGUAUUAACGUCAUGUAUCGAUGGAGUCUAUCCUCUGAAGCCAGAAAAUAUAACUGCAGAUAUAGUAAUUGAAGUGAAAUUAAAAAACGCAGCGUUCACAACGGUCACCUCAAAAAAUGGUGUGUAUCAAUACGAGGUUUCCAUGGCCGAAAAGAGGAUGCUGUGUAAAAACUUCACACUCGAAGUGCAUGAGGAUGCUGAAAAAGGUUUCGAUUACGAAAUUAUGUCAUACGAAGUAACUGCAUCUUUAAAAGAAGAUCCAGAAGAAGCGCUUGAGUUUGACCCAUCAAGAGUCCUCUUGAGUGAUGAAAGUGUUUUAAAACAACAAGGACAGAAGUGGAAAGACGAUACAUCGUUACAAGAACCGCAAUUUCACCUCAACAUAUCUACUUCAAUGGCACAACCGUACAUGAUUGGUUCUUCGUACCAAGAAACGUUUACAUUGGCAGUAUUAAACGAGGGUGGUGCAGCACAUGCGGCCUGUAUGCAUCUGGUAGUGGAAGGAGCGCGAGUCAUCGCACAUCCAUCUUCGUGUAGACGCGAGCUGGACAGAUUAGUCUGCAGACACAACCAUGUCAUCAACACCAAUGACUUUUGGAUAAAUGAAAUUCUAAUAGAAACAGAUUAUUUGACAAGUAUUCAUGACACUCUUACGGUCCGUUGUGAUUUAUAUCCACAAUGUGGCGGAAAAAAUGUAUCAAGUUACGAAAAAAUUAUCGAAUUAAAACCUUACAACUAUAUGGUCGUAAUUACGGGCCAAUCCAAUCCUGAUGAAAAGUUACCAAUCACUGUUGAUGAUUUCCAUACGGGCAAAUCAUUUGAUCAUGUGUAUACGAUAUACAACUUCGGUCUCACCAACUGGGUAGGAGUGCAAAGUGAGAUCGUUUUACAAAAUUCCCAAUUCAUCGACUACUCAGAUGCACCAAUAAAGGUUUACGCAUACACAUCUUUAAUCGAAUGUGAAAUUGGCAAUAAAAACCGAUCCGAAGAAAAAAUAAGAGUGUUAUGCAAAAUAGGUGACCUGGGAAGACAAGAAAAAGUUGUUGUCGUUGUUGCCAUGAAUAUUGCAAGGGAUACUUUAAAAUUCGACAGUGAAGAUCAGAAUAUCACAGUCACCUCGUCUAUGGAAUUGCUGCUUCGGGAUGGAAACAAAUUUUUAAGCUUGAAUACAACACUGACUUUCGAAGCGGCCACAGUUCCUCUUUGGGUGACUCUCGCAUCCUCCUUCCUAGGCGUCUUUCUUCUCAUUAUAAUUGCAUAUAUUUUAUAUGAAUAUGGAUUUCUUCAACGAAAGACAAAGGAAAAACUAAAUGAAACUAAAAAGGAGGUGUACAGACAGAGCGUGCGCCGUUCUAUGAUGCGAGAGAGCAUGAGAGCGGCUAUCAACAGAAGGAGUGCAGAGGACAACGAUAUAUUGAUGGAGGAAGUCGUUCAGGAAUCAGAUUUUUAAGAAAAAGAUAUCGUAAAUCUGCCUUUAACCUGUAUGAGUAAAAUAUGACAAAUAAUGUAUAGUAUCAAAAUCAAAGACUGUGUCAUGUAUAUGUCAUAUUACUGUUUUAUCGGUUUUUCGAUUCAUAAUAAAUUAUUAUUUAACUACCAA